AUGGCUGCUUUUGAAGAAGUACCAUUCAUUUCUGUCAUCGGUGACCUAAAUAUUUUAGAAGAGUGUCAUCUUGAAUGGAAAGCAUCAUACCAUGCAAAUGAACGCCUAGAGCUAAUAAUGAUAAAUGAAACAUGGGUGGAUACGUUGGGUCGUUGCGUUCUAAGCUCAUCAAAUCGUCAAAAUUACAUUUUUCGUUUUGAUCUAGAUAUUGAAGGUAGAUGCAUUGACCAUUAUAAAGUGGACAACGAUGAUAUCGACACUUUGUGCAAAAAUGCACUCCUUGGUGAUACACCGAUGAAAAUGCUCUUUCAAAUUGAUGCAAAGCCUGAGUCGUGUCCCUUCGAACCUCCUUUAAAUUUUACUUAUACGAUCCAAGAUGGUGCUUGUUCAUCGAGGAUAUCAUCUGUAACAGCUUGUUCAGGAUACGGAAAAUAUCGUUUUCAAUAUGAAGCUUGCCCGGAAUUACCGAACUCUGAAAUGCAUGGCAGGCAUAAAUAUGAUAUCAAAGCGGCAAACUUAAUUUCUAAAGUACAACAGACAACUAUAGCUGGGGGUGGCAGCAUCGGUUUUUCUGCUGAUUCUAGUUGUAAUGAAUUAAUUGACCUGACGUAUGCUACUACAAAAAUCGAUUACACUCAAGAGUUAUUGGUGAAAUCACAAUGUCAAUUUCCAUCAUUUCUAGUGCACGAUUUCAAUUCAUCACAUAAACGCGUAUGGACAUCUAUAACAACCGGUUUCAAACAUCAUGUUUUAGAUACGUGGAUUACAAUGUCAAACGGGCUAAAUCAUUCAGUGCUACAAUGUCUAGAAGUUGAAAAUUUGGGAAAUGUUCAUACUAUUAUAAUAUAUACGAAAACGCUACAGUGCACAUCUGGAUAUCAAUGUUUUGAAAUCAAGAGGAAACAUAAAAAUAUUUUGGAAAUUAGAUAUACAAGUUUGUUUAACAGUGUUCCAGUAACGUGUAAUCUUCUUGAUUACGAAUCUAUUGAUACCGUAGUACUCGAAAACGCUGAGGCAGCUUGUCCUUUCAAGCACAGACAUUCAUCUCAUCCAUGCCCAAAUUACACAGUACAGUUUGGCUCUGUCCAUGAACAUCCACUAACUUCCUUUUCUGAAUGCACUGACAUUUCACAUGAAAAGUUUGUAUGUUUUGGUCCCUGGAUAGAGAAGGAUGUGACAUAUGUCAUUACUAAAGACUUAAGUUCUCUGGAGUUUUACUGCUACAUCUGUUUGCGUUAUUUGAAUGGUACAAUUUUUAUUCGGUCGUAUCUUCGAUCGGCGUGUCACCCGCAAUCUUUUGAAGGACGUGAGCCAGAUCACAUUUUCACCUUCAUGACUUUUGUGAGAAUCACAAAAAAAAGAUUAGUUAGAAACACAGCUGAUGAUAUAAAGGAAAGGCGUAACCAGAUAGAAAAUGAGCGACAUGUGGAGGCUGUUUCACUAUUUAAUUAUUUGCAUGAAAAAUUAAAGAGGACUCCUCUGCAUUCUGUUCGGUCCAUUGAGAAAACAGUGAAAUUGACGGUUUUUAGGAAGCAAUUACGUAAUAGCAAUCAAUUGAGGAAAAUGCUAGGGUUGAUGAACUCACCCGGUGAAUCUGUUGAAUUUUAUGCUCAACCGACAGUUGACCAAGAUAAUUCCGUCAUCAAUGAACAGUUCCAGAGAAAGUUAACUGUUUCAUAUAUGGAUGAUGGACGUCAGCUGAUCGAUGGGAAAGUUGUGGAGAGAAGAGAACCCCAAGAGAUGUGGUGCAGCCUGCUCACGAAGAGUGCCGCUAGACAAUUUGAAGGACAACUUGUGUAUAACUCUAAGUCCUUCUGUGAUGAAUAUCCGACUGCAACUGUGAGGGAAGAAAUUGAAAGCAAGUUAGUUAAUCCGGAAAUUACAGUGAGUCCUGAAUCGAGCGCUAUACCAGAGGUCGAGAAUUUGAACCCAGCAAAUGUUUCUGUUAUUGAUAUUUUCGAUAAUGAAAAAAUAUGCAAGCAAGAUGAAAGUGAAGUGGUAGCAGAAGGGAAAUCAUCUGACUGA